AUGGAUUUGCUGGCUUAGCUCUAGAAAGAAAGAGUGGGAGAGAGAAGAGAGCUCUGUGUGUGUGUGUGUGUGUGACUGUGUGUCUGUCUGAGGUUGUGGUCCGGGCUUAAUGUGUGCUGAUAGAGAGAGACAGACUGACAGAGAUAUAGAGAGAGAGAGUUCUUGAGAGUCGGUCUUGGAAGGAAGUAGUGGAGCGAGGAUUUGGGCGAAAAAUUAGGAUUUUCAAGAAAAGUUUUCAAUUGGGUUUGCUUUAGAUUUGUCAUUUUAACUUUUUGAAUUUCGAAAAAUAGGUCUUCAUCUGAUCUCUCUCGGAUAAACAAACAAAUGUGGUUUGAGUAAAAUCCGAAUCACUCAGAUACUCUCUGUCUCUCUCUCCAUGUACAGCACAAUCUUUGCUGAAUUAUGGGUGCGUUGUUCUUCUUUCCAUAUAAGUUGCCGAUCUUGACUCCAUGACCUGCGAGAUUUUGUGUAAUCUACAACUGGAGAUUUGGGUUUUUUCCUCACUUAGGUUCUCCUUGAUUCCUCUAGAUUUUGCUUUUGGCUUCUCCCACCAAAAAAAACCCUCAUCAGAUUUUGAUUAUUUAGAUUCUGGGUAUCUUCUCCAAAUGAUGGUAAUCUUGCGGAUCAGUUUCUGUACAAAACAACCACAUUUGGUUAACUUUUUUUCCUUUUCCUUUUUGUUGAGUAUCCCAUUUGGUUACUUAUUGACUGCUUAGGUUCUCUUUGAUUCCUCUAGAUUGCUUUUGGAUUUCUCUCUCAAAACCCUCCUCAGAUUUCGAUUCUUUAGAUUUGGAGUAUCUAAAAAUUACGUUGAUUUGGCGAAUCAGUUUCUGGACAUAAAUAUAGCCCCAUUUGGGUUGGCUAUUUAAGAAUGUGCCCCUAUGGGUUUUUGUAAUUAGAUGGCUGAGAACAGGAAUGGCUCAACAAGAACAUAGCCAUAGGUGCGGCAAUAGCAAUAGUAGUGGUGGCGGUUUUAGCGGCGGCGGCGGCAGUGGUAGCAACCGAUCUUCAAAAAAGUUGAAGCAAAAAAAGGUCCCACAAAGAGGACUAGGUGUUGCUCAGCUUGAGAAGAUUAGAUUAGAGGAACAACAAAAGAAAGGUGGUGCCACUUUUCCACCCAAUUCCCUUGUAUCACCAACAAAUUCUUCAUGCUUAGCAGUUGGCCAGUGUGCUCCCACCAAUUUCAGGCAAACACCUUCACCAUUUCCAGUCCCUUCGCCUCCCCCUCCUCCACCAACAGAUCUUUCUUCCCCAAAUUCUGUUUUUAGACCUUCCUCGUCCAUUCCCAACACAGAUCCUUUACACCUAACUCCUCUUCCAUUACCAAGCCCACCAAAUGAUGGAGGAGGGGGGAUACGGUAUCCGGCGAUCCCGGGUUCUGGGCAUGGUAACUGGCCUAGGUUGUGGAAUGGUGAGUACAACCUUGAAAGGGAGAGUCAUAGGUUGGAUCAAACUGGAUUCCCGGUUCGGUCAAAUAUGGAUUCACCCUAUGAAUCUCACCCCAUUUGGCCUCCCCCAAGUUUCAUACAAAAGGCACAGCAAUUUCAGCAGCAACCUUCCUCUUCAGCAAUGGUGAACGUCUCAUUAGGGACUUCAACAUCCUCUGUAAUGGAGCCCCCUUCAAACCAAAGCUUUUAUAGCAACUACUACACUCCAAUGUGGCCCGAGGAAGACAAGAUGGUUGGCACUAAUAAGAGGACAUAUCCCUUCUCUAGAGACAAUCAAUCUGGCCCCUCUUUCCCUUGCAAAUUUCCUCCCACCAAUGUUCCUCCCAUUGCUAGACGAGAUGUAUCAGGCUCGAAUUUCAUGAGAGGCACAGACAAUGCUGAACCCACCUACCCAAGUUUCAGAGAAUCCCCUUCAAGCUCAACUCUCGUGUCUGAGCCGUAUCCAAAGAAUGUAGCAAUAGAAAAUGGAGGAAAUGGGGAUCAUAUGAAUGGAGAUUUCCUCACAUUAGCUACUCCUACAACAGCUCUGGCACCCCAUUCUCAUCGGAAGCAUAACUUCUCUUCAGCAAACCCAACCCCACCUAGCCGAGAAUUAUCAGAAUUCGAAUGUCUACCAUAUCAAGGAAAUGGUGAUCAAAGUCAUGAGCCAGGACCUAGUGGAUCGGCAACCCCAAAACGGCCUUUCUACAGCUUCUUUCCAUCGGCAAAGCUGCAAACAGGCCAAGAAACAUCAGCUCUUAGCAGCUGCAAUGAGAAAGUAGGGAGAAACCUUGACCUAAAUCUGAAGUUGUGAAAGGGUUAGCGGCGUUAGCCCUUAUCGUGUUUGGUCCAAGAAUCACUAUACCCGUCGGCUGUGGUCUUUCGGUACUGUUGGAUGGCUGUUUCUUUCAAGCAUUGCUAGCAUAACAUUUCGAUUGGUGAGAUCUUGGAUUCAAUAGGUCAAGUUGAGAUGAAUCUACAUGUUGAAUUAUGUAAGAUUGAGCCUCAAAUCUCUGGCUAUCAUGUGACAUUGGGUGAGAGUUAAAAGGUAGAGAGAAAUGUGUAAUAGACUUGUUUCUGUUUUGGGAGUUGUCAAUUUUUGAUGUAUGAAAGUUCGGUUGUGCAAGAGAGAUAAUUAAAGCCCUGUUUGAUUUCUCAAAAAA